GUUUCCGUGUGUACUCAUUGUCAUCCGCAUACCAGGUGCAGCCCUGAAGAGGGGACUGCCAACAGGUGAAAGUCACCUCCACUCCAACUCCCAGGGUCCUGCCAGGCCAGAUCCCCAGAGCAAGCGGUAGGAACCGGUUCCCGUUUGGCAAUCAUUAAUCAGCUUCUCCGCAUUCUUGAGCCCAGGAUCCGCCAGGACUGAAAUCAUGAUUCACAGCAGAGCGGAGCCUCGGGACUCGCCCUCUGACAUGCAGCUGACGGGAAAGCUGGCCCUCUCGGCUGCGGCUCUGCUCCUGGUAUCUUGGGUAUACAGGCUUUACAGGGCCCGGCCCGCAGCGGGGCCAUCCCGGACGGGGGAGCCAGGGAAAGCUGGGGCCGGGGGAGACGUGGAUGGUGCCGGACCGGCCAAGUGGAAUGGGAAAUCUCCCCGGGGAAGGUGGCUGGGGCUGAGGCGGAGGCAGAUCGGCGGGAACGCGGCCGGAGGAGCCACUGAGACACCUGCUUGGGGAGCAACCCGGGUUCAGAUCCUUGAAGGUCCAAAGGAGGAAGAUUGGAGAGGAGCGGGUUCAGAGCUGAGCCCUGGGCAGCUUGCCCCGGCUGAGGAGGGGUUGUGCCCUGGACUGGCCCUGAGCCCGGAACCGUCUCCGAGGGGCAGCAUGGAGCAGGAAACGGUAUGUGAGGGGAAUUACGCUCUCUCCCAGCUCGUCGAGAGCUCUAGGGCUGGUCUCUGCAGUGAUGAUUGUGGGAAUGAGGUGAUACAAGGAUACAAGGACAGCCUCAGCUGGGGCCGGGAGCACCACGGAGGGGAGUGGGCUGCCCAGUCCAAGGGAGGGAGCGACAUGAGCAAGAUCCCGGUCUUCUCCCAGACAGCCGGGACCCUCAGGGCCACUUCGCACCUAGGGAUGGCAAUGAGCCAGCGGGACCACCGAGUGGAUGCUUCGCACACCUUCUCUUCGGUGGCCGAGGUCCAGGUGGAGGAAAACUACAUCAGAGAAAAGGAGACGACACCCCAAGAGCACACUGGUCCAGGGUGGCAGACACCUGGUCCGGUUCCCCGCCUCCGAGGCAAGAUCUAUGACUACUUUGUCGAGUCCACCUCUAAGUCUGUGACGAGAGACAGGCUGGGGCUGGGACCCAGGGUCCCCGAACCUCUAGGGAAUGUGUCUGUGACCCAGGCCCUGGGGUCUGGGGCAGCCGAGCCGGGGCACAGGUCCCCCCCCAGUGCCUGUGCCCCCAGUCCAGUGGGGGACCCUGAGAACCCAGCUAGUGAGACCGGUACGGCAGGGCCAACUAGCUUGCUUGGGUUCCCACCUCCAGCACCGGGACGAAGCUUUGGCCGGAAAGAGAGUUUCCUCCAGAUCGCGGACAAUCCAGAGUUGCAGCUGCAGCUGGAGGGUUUCGGUGCCCCUGAAGACGGCACUGGGGAAGACCCGGGCACUCGGCCCUGCGAGCCCCUGGCUUCCCCGAAACGGUCCCAGCCGUCUGACCCCGCUGGAGCCAGUCAGGAGCCCCGGCUGGAGCUGGUGGCCGGGACCAAUUUCUUCCGCCACCCACUCGCUCCCGAGGCGGCCCCCCAAGUCCACCUCGACCUGGGUAACUGCUUGAACGUGCUGACCAUGGCCAAGAAGCAGAGGCUCGACGGCCUCAAGGAGGCAGCCUACCGAGUCAUGAGCGACAACUACCUGCAGGUGCUCAGGAGCCGGGAUAUCUUUGGGCGGCUCAACGCGGCCGAGCGUGAGCUGAUCCUGCAGCGGCGCCUGAGGGGCCGGCGGCGUCUGGUUGUGGUGGAUGUUGGCCCCCGGGAGGGAGCGGGGAGACUCUGCUACUAUGACGACGCGGGCGACUCCUGGCACCCGCUGUCCCGCCUGCCCCAGGAAGUCGUGUCACGGGGCUGUGCCGUCGGCUGCCUCUUCAAUUACCUCUUCGUGGUGGCCGGCUGCGAGGGGCCGGGAAGUGCUAGUGGCCGGGUCUUCUGCUAUAACCCCCGCACGGACAUCUGGAGUGAAGUGUGUCCGCUCAACCAGGUCCGGCCCCACUGCAAGCUGGUGGCCCUGGACGGGCACCUCUAUGCCAUCGGUGGUGAGUGCCUGAACUCGGUAGAGUGCUACGAUCCCCGCACGGACCGCUGGGACUUCAUCGCCCCCCUGCCCGAUGACACCUUCGCCGUGGCCCACACGGCUGCGGCCUGCGACGGGGAGCUGUACGUGACCGGGGGGACCCUGCGCUACUUGCUGCUCCGCUCCACGGGCCGAGUGGGCCGCUGGCUGUCCGAGCCCACUGGGGGCGGCGGGGACCGGACUGCCGAGAUGGUGACCGUCGGUGGCUUCCUGUACCGCUUCGACGUGGACCGCGCCCUGGGCAUCAGCGUCUACCGCUGCGGGGCUGGUGCCCGGCUGUGGUCCGAAUGCGCGACCCGCCGGCCGCCCUGCCCAACCCCCUUCCGCUGUGCUGUAGCCGAUGACCUCGUCUACUGUGUGGGUCGGGAGUUCUGCCUCCGCUUCAGGGCCGACUACAUCUCGCCCGGCUUCGAGCCCAAAGAGUUGAAGGCCCCCCCUUCCCCUCUGGGAUCCCUACUGCCCACCGUGCUGGUGUUGCCCCCACAUGACCUGGUUCAGACCUGCGUCUAGUGUCUUAGCUCGAGCCUAGCUCUGGCCUGACCUUUCAUUCAUUCAUUCAUUCAAUAGUAUUUAUUGAGCGCUUACUAUGUG